AUGAACCUGAUCACUGCAGAGAAAGGAGAGUCCGUCGUUACAAAUGUUUCACUGCUGAAGAAGAACGUUCUGCGCGUCGUGGUUACUGACGGAACCACAGAAAUCACCCUAGCACUCCUGUACAGGAUUCUCUCUGACAAUACAUUUGGAUAUUUAAUCACGUUGUUUCGUGGACCAGGCGUCACUUAUGGUCACGACGAAUCGGUGGCGUUUAAAGACGCAGACGUUGUGUUGUGCAUAGGUUCAGCGAGGGAGUAUGUGUUCCAUGAGAAGGAAUACAAUGGUCCAUUCUUCAAGGAAUACGUUCGCGUCGCGAAGUUCUAUAUUGCUGAGCGCGCGAACUGUCUUCCGAUAGAUGUUAAAAACAUUGUAAUAUGGGGCAACAACAACUGUUACAGCUUUCCAGAUUGCAGAUACGUGUACUUCGCAAAUGGGAAACCUGUAAGCGACGAAUUGAUAGUCUGGAUGAGGACCAGUCUUCAAAGCAUUAUGCGUAAGGUCGCCAACAGACCCAGGUACAUCAGAUCGAUGGCGUAUGGAUUAGCUGACCAUUGUAAAUUCCUGUGGAACGGUACACCUGAAAAUGAGUGGACGUGCAUGGGGGUAUUGUCUGACCACUCUUACGAUAUUCGAGCUGGAAUAUUUUUCUCGCAUCCUGUGUUUUGUAAGAACGGAGAAUACGAGAUAGUAAAGGGUCUUGUUGCGGACGAAUACGUUAGGAGGUACAUCCUGGACUUAAGUCGACUGAUCUUCAGGGAUGUCGCAGCCGCCAUUUCGGUUUGCAACAGGCAGUCGAACAACUGAUCUGUUUUAUACUAAAAUAUACAUACGCG